AUGGCAGACGCGCUUCUGGCGACGAACGGAAUCGUGUCCCUUCGACAGGCCGGUAAGCUGCGCUACAUGGACAACACGGAAGCUGAGCAAGAACGCGGGAUCACCAUGAAAUCCAGUGUAGUCGGUUUGAUCUUUGCUCCUACUCUGACCAACAAAACACCAACCAGGAAAACCUUUUUGGUUAAUCUUGUCGAUUCUCCCGGUCACGUAGACUUCGCUUCGGAAGUCUCCACAGCCGUACGCUUGUGUGACGCCGCCAUAGUUGUUGUCGAUGUAGUCGAGGGUGUUUGUCCUCAGACCCGUACUGUGCUUCGACAGGCGUGGAACGAACGACUCACCCUCAUUCUGGCCUUAAACAAGAUAGAUCGGUUAGUGUUGGAGCUGAAGUUGACGCCCUUACAGGCUUAUGAAACCCUAUGCCGUGUGCUAGAGCAAGUCAAUUCUGUACUAGCAGAGAUGUUCACUGCGGACGUGGUCCGGCAACGGGAUGACGUUUGGCGAUUCACCGAAGUAGCACAGACGGACACAACUUCAGAAUCAGGAGGUUCUCAAAGUGUCACUUACCUACUAACCGAUGACAGUGAACAUACAGAUGAUUCCAAUCUGUAUUUCUCGCCCGAUCGCGGAAAUGUGGUGUUUGCUUCGGCCUCGGACACUUGGGGCUUCCGGCCUUCAGACUUUGUGGAAACUUGGUCAAAGCGUUUGGACGUCUCGGUCGAAAGACUUUUUGAAGUGAUUUGGGGCGACUUCUACAUCAGCCGCGGAGGUGGAGGUGAUGGGGGCAAAUGUUUUUUCAAACCUGGUGCGCACAAAAACAGGAAGAAACCGGUGUUCGUACAGUUAGUACUGGAACCACUGUGGCAAACAUAUCAGAAACUAGUUAUUGACGAUUGUCCCAAAGAUGUGUCUGCUAUGGCCAGUAAGCUUGGCGUACAGUUGGAUGCACGUGCUAUCCGGAAUACUGACUCUCGAGGUGUCCUCCGUGCUCUCCUAAUGGCCUGGCUUCCGCUGGGGCACAACCUGCUCCAAACCGUUACCGAGGUUUGCCCCAGCCCACUGAAUGCCGUAUCAGCGGACCGGGCAGUACACAUGCUGUACGGAGAUGUUGCUCUACACGGUUCCGUACAACCUACCGGUUCAGUUUCCAAGACUAGCAAGACGGGAACUUGUCCUGUUCAAGUGUAUCAGACUUCACGACUGACGUUGGAUUCGACGUAUGCCACAUCCGGCGCCAGUCUCGCUAUUCAGGCCAGCAAUUCGUCCCCGGACUCACCUACAAUCGUCUUCGUAGCAAAAGUCUUUUGGACUGAUAAGCUCCAUGUGACUGGACCUCGGUACCCGAAACCCAAGACUGCGACCCAAGAUACGCCUUCGUUAGAGUGUACCGCUGAUGCAGAACCCAUCGAGGACACUUUACAGUCGGACCCGCAACGCACUUAUCACCAUUCGUCCAGUGAAACCGCUAGACUUUCUGUUCUGCGUUCGCCUUCGUCAGAGUGCACCGCUGAUGCGGAACCCAUCGAGGACACUUUACAGUCGAACCCGCAACGCACUUAUCACCAUUCGUCCGGUGAAACCGCUAGACUUUCUGUUCUGCGUUCACCGCUGCUGGCUACUCAUCCUUUGAAUGAAGUUGAAUUUGUUGCGCUUGCUCGAAUAUUCAGCGGAUCCGUUUACCCAGGUCAGCGAGUCUUCGUGCUGGGGCCAAAAUUCGACGGCAGUAAGGUCCCCAGUUAUCUGUUGGAUGCCGAUCCAGCCGACUUUCCGAUUGGUCCAGUGCGUCUUUGCAGUGAAUAUGAUGACCAAGACCCAAUGGGCCAUGGCAGUCGGUCUGAGGAUGUACUAGGCACUAGCCCGUCUGCGUCCUCAUGUGCCGCGUUCUCACGAUCGGGAUCAAUUGGAGGCUCCAGUGGUGGUCUGCGUGGUGAUACUGUUUGUCUACGACACGUCUACGUGGCAGUUAUUGUUGGCGUAUUGCAGCUUCUUGGGGGCCAACAUGAUUUAGUGGAAGUCGCUGGACCCAUUCCCUCGGGCAACAUUGUCGGGCUGACUGGACCUGAUUUGAUAGCAUUCCUUCCCAAGUCUGGUCUCCUGGUUAGUCGAUUGUCUUUGGUAGCUGGAGCGUCUACGGAUGAGACUUCAUCUGGAGCACGUGCCGCUCCCGUCCUGCCUUUAGCUGGGUUGGCUGUUUGGCAAGGGGCUCCCGUAAUAUCUGUUGCGGUUGAACCGGCUUCUGCAUCGAAUCCUGAAGAUGUUUAUCGGUUAGAGCGGGGAUUGCGUUUACUGGACCGCGCUGAUCCAUGUGCGGAGGUCAUCAUAUCUCCUACCGGUGAAUACCUGAUCAGAGCAGCCGGUGAGGUUCAUCUACAGAAGUGCCUGGAAGAUAUGACUAAAUAUUUCGCUCCUGACGUGGAGUUGCAAAUAUCACCCUUUGUAGUCCCCUUUCGCGAGACAAUCAUUGAUGCUUGCCCUGUCUGUUUCAAUUCCCUGGCCUUAACUGCCACUGAGUCGUACGACAAAGCAUAUCACAAGCUAGAAGAAAUAUACCAAAAGCUAGAGCAACACGGGGGUGCGCUGUCCAUACCCUCGACCACAGAAUUACCGGUCAGUACCGAAGCGUGCUCAGAAGAUGCCAGUCCACUCCCGUCUACUACUGUGUACUCCGAACCUGAGCAUUCCGUUCGGACGCCCAUCACUGUCAAAUCACGUCCGUCCAUCAACCCUGCUCGAAAACAUAGCAAGCGAGAUGUGUUCGAUGUGGAUGCCGAUCUGCCCGACUGUCCCAUUGGAUAUUUCCAACUUCCGCAUAGCCGAUCACAAACCCGUGUGCUGAUUCGAGUAACCGCCCAUGCAUUGCCAGAAAGACUCAUCCAGUGGACAGAACAACGUGGGUCACGGAAGAUUCCGCAGUUGAUCCGGGCCUUUAAAACAAAAUCGUCUACGUACCAUACCCAACUGACUCAGUUCAAAGCGGAAUUUGCCGAGGUUUGUGCCGCUGUGGCUCGUGAUCAGUCUGCUUCCGUUCUGGAGGGAGGUGAUCAGAGCCGAAUUGACUGGGAGCACAUGUCAGAGUCUUUCCUCGCAUUGGGACCGAACCAAGCAGGACCCAAUAUGCUGUUCACUCGUCUCCAAACUAACUGUUUCCCUGUCUUCACUGCCUGGGGACAAGAGGUGCGAAACGUUAUUGACGCUACUGACGACGGGGAUGAACGACAAAUGGUUGCACGUACGCGUGAAAUCUCACUACCUCUCAUCAGCUAUGGCAAAGCGUUACUACGUGGAUUCCAGUUGGCCUCCGAGCGAGGUCCGUUAUGUGCCGAACCCAUGCGAGGCGUACUAUUUAUACUGGAAGAAAUUUGUGCUGAAGACUGCUAUUUUCUAGAAGUUCCUAAGCUGCCGAAGGAUCCUUCACCUUCCGAACUACCCAACAAUCAUUGUCCCAAUGAACAAGUUCCCGAACCGGUUACUUCCGUUAAUUCCGAAGAUUGUGCUAAAGAGCAGUCAACGAAAAACCGGAAAGCCAGGAGGCGCUUUGCUUCUGUUUCUUGGCUUGACGAAGGGGAUGAUGCCGAUGAAUAUGCCGAUCUGUUUAGUGAUGAUGAUGAGGGAGAUUGGGAUUGGCAAUCAAACGAAAGUCAAGAGGCAGUCAGUGAAGAGGAAUCCAGCUCAGGAAGUGAGGCUGAUGAAGCUUCACAAGGCAAACCGGAUGCCGUCCGUGAACUCAUCAAGGAAUUAAAAGAUAUACCCUACUGGAAACGUAGGAACGAUCCCGAUUGGUUGCAGGAUGUGACGCCUGGUCUCCUCACCUCUGCAAUGAAUCGAGCUUGUCUGGCCGCAUUCCAAGCAUGUCCUGGUCAACGCUUGAUGUUAGCAAUGUACGAUGCCAGACCAGAUGUUCUAGGACGCAUGUUUGCUGUUCUCCGGAAACGUCAUGGACUGGUUGUUAGUGAAGAUUUUCGUGAAGGUGAAAACCUGUUUGUCAUCAAUGCUCGCCUCCCGGUGAUAGAGAGCUUUGGCUUGGCUGCCGAACUCCGAUCGAAAACUAGUGGUAUAGUCAGUCUUCCUCAAUUGCGUCCUGGAGGAUGGGAGCUCUUGGACGUCGACGCCGUUCAGCGGGACGGUGACGCCUUGGCUAAGACCGAAAAGUCCCAUAAGUCGAUUGAUUCGGAUCGCGGAGGUAAAAAGGCCCCCAUCAACCGUCGGGGUGAAGUCCACUCCGGUAAAGUGAAGAAAAAUGUCCCUGCUCCCUCGGGUGCCGACAGUGAUGAGGAACCCUUGGACGAGCUCACAGCUCAGUUCGCUCGAGUACGUAACUACAUCCGUGAGGUGAGGCUACGCAAAGGCCUGCCUACGAACGAGCAACUGGUAAUGUUUGCGGACAAACAAAGGACAUUGAAGAAAAACAAAUGAUUUCUCUUGGACUCCUUUUAUUGUACAGUAAAUGCUGUCCUGUACAGUGUAUACGAUCUACAGGAUGGGUUUGGAUCCCAUCGCAACAGCCUUUGAUCCACACCCCUCCCCUCUAUAUUGAUUUGUAUUUCCUGAUUUAUUUUCCGGAAGCACCACUUUGUUACUGGUUAUCUGGACUCGUUGC